GAAGUUAGCCCUCGUCGCUGGAAUAUACCGUAGGAAGCCAUGUUAGUUAUUAGUUGUGCUUGUGAAAAUAGCGGUCGAGCAUGUAGCAUUUGCGGCUAGGUACAAAAACAAAUAUCGUCGGCAGCUGUGCCAGCAGUAAUAUUAUCAAACAUGGCUACGUGAUUGUGGUUAGCGGGACACAUUCUGGAUGCGGCGUAGCGCUGGUGGCAGCUAUACCGUGGUUGGUCAGGAGGAGAAGGGCUUCAGCCUCGUGCCUUAGUGAUGGACACCUGGACGCCGAACCCACGAGCCAAGCCUUUCAUACCCCGGCAACAGAGAAGCCUCUACCUCACCUGGAAGUACAAGCUCACCAACAAGCGAGCGAUCCGUAGAUUGUGUCAGGCUGGAGCAGUGCUAUUCCUGCUGGUGACGGUGAUCGUUAACAUCAAACUUAUAUUGGAUACCAGAAGAGUUGCCAAUGAGGAAGAGGCUGCACAAGAUUAUGAUGAAGCCCUGCCCAACAUGGAGACCCCCCGCAGGCCGCAGAAUGGCAGGAAGGUCCUGGACAUCGAGGUGUACUCCAGCCGCUCCAAGGUCUACGUGGCGGUUGAUGGAACCACUGUGCUGGAAGAUGAGAUGCGAGAGCAGGGAAGAGGAAUUCACGUAAUAGUUCUCAAUCAGGCGACUGGGCAUGUCAUGGCCAAGAGGGUGUUCGACACCUACUCCCCCCACGAAGACGAAGCCAUGAUCCUCUUCCUCAACAUGGUGACCCGCGGCAGAGUGCUCAUCUUCACCAUAAAGGACGAAGGCACCUUCCACUUGAAAGACUCUGCCAAGAACCUGCUGAAGAGUUUGGGGAGCCAGGUGUCCUUGUCGCUGAGCUGGAGGGACAUGUGGACGCUGGUGGUGAAGAAAGGAGGGCAAGUGUACGGAGAAAAGCACUCGAAGUCUCCCGCUCUGUCCACCUGGGGCGACCCUGUGCUGCUGAAGACCGAGGUGCAGCUGACGGCCUCUGAAGAGGCGGAGUGUCUCUGGGCGGACACAGAGCUGAACCGGAGGCGGAAGCUGUUCUGCAGUAAGGUCGAGGGCUACGGCAGCAUCUGCAGCUGCAAGGACCCCGCUCCCAUCGAGUUCAACCCCGACCCCUUGAAAGACAAUAAUGUCUACAAUGUCCCUGUGGCUGUGAUAGCAGGAAACAGACCUAAUUACCUUUACAGGAUGCUCCGCUCUUUGCUCUCUGCACACGGAGUCAACCCUCAGAUGAUCACAGUCUUCAUCGACGGAUAUUACGAGGAGCCCAUGGACGUGGUGGAGCUGUUUGGGCUGAAGGGGGUCCAGCACACUCCCAUCAGCAUUAAGAACGCCCGAGUGUCCCAGCACUACAAAGCCAGUCUGACUGCAACCUUCAAUCUGCAUCCAGAUGCCAGCUUUGCCAUCGUCCUAGAAGAAGACCUGGAUAUCUCCAUUGAUUUCUUCAGCUUUCUGAGUCAGACCAUCCAUCUGCUGAACGAGGAUGAGAGCCUGUACUGCAUCUCUGCCUGGAACGAUCAGGGCUAUGAGCACACUGCAGAGGACCCCUCGCUGCUGUACCGGGUGGAGAGCAUGCCGGGCCUGGGCUGGGUGCUGAAGAAGAGCCUGUACAAGGACGAGCUGGAGCCCAAGUGGCCCACGCCGGAGAAGCUGUGGGACUGGGACAUGUGGAUGCGGAUGCCGGAGCAGAGGAAGGGCAGAGAGUGCAUCAUUCCUGACGUCUCCCGCUCCUACCACUUCGGCAUCAUCGGCCUCAACAUGAACGGCUACUUCCAUGAAGUCUAUUUCAAGAAGCAUAAGUUCAACACUGUUCCAAAUGUUCAGCUGAAGAAUGUGGACAGUUUGAAGAGGGAAGCCUAUGAGGUGGAGAUCCAGAACUUGCUGAGGGAGGCAGAGCUGCUGGACCACAGCAAGAACCCUUGUGAGGACUCGUUCGUCCCGGACUCAGAAGGGAAGACCUACGUCAUGUACAUAAAGAUGGAGCAGGAGACUGACACUGCCACCUGGACCGAGCUGGCCAAGUGCCUGCAUGUGUGGGACCUGGACGUACGUGGGAACCACAAGGGUCUCUGGCGUCUCUUCAGAAAGAGAAACCAGGUGCUGGUGGUCGCGGUGCCGGUCUCUCCGUACUCUGUGAAGAAGCCGGCGUACGUGACCCCCAUCCAUUUGGAGCCCCCUCCCAAGGAAGAAGGCGGAGCCCCCAUGGAGCAGACGUAGCGCUAGCCUAUCCGGCGGCGCCCGUGACCCUAACUGCCCAUAGGCUUCGUUUGAGCACUAACCCAGGCUGGCGGGACCCACACUCAGAGCUUUAAGUGGGUGUUUGGGGAGGGGAAGGGAAGACGGGCAGAGACGACACACAUGAAAGGACAGACAGACGCCAGUCUACCAUUAUCCCCAUCCACUUUUCAUUUAAUCCCGAAGCAGCCCCUGUCAGUGACCGUCAUGCUAAUGAACAGCUACCGAGCAAAGAGCAGCUAGCUAGCUAGGUAGCUAGCCCUCCCGGAUUGGCUCAGAUCGGUCCCGCGUACUCUUAAAUUAAUCUCUCAGGCUUGAGACGGUCCACAUGCGCUAGCUCAGUGUCGUUCGUGUGGGGAAGAUGAGGUUUGGGGGACGCUCUCGGGGAAGGGAUCCCUUGAAAAGUACUGAAUAUGAAAUGUAGCCAUGACAACACAGCAUAGUAACUGGGGCAUCUUCCGAUGUGCGAUUUACCUUUAAGUGGAAAGACUGAAUUCGGAGGGUUAGAGAUGGAGUCGAUUCCAAAGGGAAACACUUGAAACCUUUGUUCCAAGCUUUCUUCUGGUUACAUGUGAGGAGUGGCUUUUUAGCAAACUCGCACAGUCAGAACAUAUUAGUUUCAAACUACUGGAGUGCUUUAUUUGUCUUGUACAUACAUUUUAACUUAUGCCUAUUUAUUUAACAUGUAUCAACAAAUAAGUGUUUCUAUUUAAUCAGCCUAUUCAAGAACAGCACAUUAAAAAUGCCCUAUUUCAUGGCAUUCUUUAAAUGUAGGCUCACUUGAUAGAACUGUGGUUUUCUAUUUCAAUGUGCCAAGAUACAGGUGAGACAGAAGGACAAUAUGUACGACUAACACUUGAACACACUACAUAAUCCGACUGCUCAUCACAAUCACUACACUGACCUGUGUGAAAUAGGAGUUUUAUUAUUCUGACUGAAUCGGAUGUACUUGAUAAGGCAUAUUUCAAAGGGCCUUUGUCCUGUGUGGCUGUCCUGGACAUGUGAUCAAAUUGGUUUUAAGCUGCUGUGUGGUUGAACGCUGUGGAAAGCUAGGAGAAAUAUGCUAAUUGUGUUUGUGGUAAAAUCAUUCUGGUUUUUAUUUCAAAUGUUUUAUCUUAAAUAAGGGAGAUUAAAAUGCAGUUUUGUGUAAUUCAGUCUCCUGUAUCUGACUAACUUUCGUCAGUAUUACCACUAGUUUAUUUUACUGUGUUUUGCAUUAUCAAGUGAAAGAUUGUAACAGGAAAGCAGUAUAGGGAGCUGGUUGCUAUGUGUUAUCAAUGCCAGAGAAUUCCUCUCUGGUACAAAACUGAAAGCGGCUAGUUUUUCAUUCAGUGUGGGAAGUACCACCAAGUAAGACGUCAUGGCGUUGCCAUAUUGGUCUGGUAACCGUCUGUUUUGCUUGUCUGUUUAUUCAGGUUCCCGUAAAUCUGACAAUAUCAAUGUGGUUCUUUUUUUGCUUUCUCUUCACUGAAUAAAAAAAUCUUUUUUUUU